AAUUUGGCGAUGGGCUUGCGGUGCACAUGGUUUUUUUGCGACAUGUCAAACACGACGGCUAUUAAUACUUAUCUUGCCUUUAGUCAUUGAUUGUCAGCUUCUCAGGUGACUUUGAUGCCACUCGAAACCGUCAGUCAUCCGAAGUCCUAAUCAUCGCAACCAACUUUCGCUUAUCACCUCUUUGUCGUGCUUUACGCCGUACAUACCACAUCGUCGUGCCAAAUUUGCGCCAAGGUGGCCACGUCCCUCACGUCAAGACAUUGGGGCAAACCGCUCGCUUUUUGUCUCAACCACUCGUUGAUCAGAUAGCUUGAGGUUGUCUGUUUGAAUUGCGUCCUUUGGUCGUCGUGUUUUUAUUAGUUGGGCAAGAUAUCGAUCGUAAUCAGGGUAGAGGACUUGACCUCUGCUGCCACACGCCGUAAUUUAAUAGCAGCCCACGGAUCUGCGAACUAACCGACACUCUCUACGUUUAUUCAUUUUCUGACGAUCCUAAGAGAGGUCACUCUCUUAAUCGACAUCCAUUAUGCAUUACGCUUAUCCUCCUCGGAAGAGUUCGAAUCCUCCACCUUACUUGCCUCGUUCCUCCCGAAUACCGAGAAUACGAAGGAGCCAUCUACGACCGAUUGCUUUGUUCGGACUAAUCAUUAUCGGAUUGAUAUGGCUAUUUUCGGGCAGCUCAAAACACACGAAGCACACGAUAUCAGGAAAACCGGCGGUCGUACUAGUUACCGUGUUCGAUGAAGGGAGUGAUAAUUCCGCAUAUCACAAGAAUAUUAGGGAGAAUAGGAUGCAAUAUGCGGAAAAGCAUGGAUACGGCACAUUACUUGCCAAAGUAGGCGACUACGACCUCAAUGGGGCACCUGCGUCCUGGUCAAAGGUCGUGGCAAUGCGCCACGCGAUCACGAAAUAUCCCGACUGCAAAUACAUGUGGUACCUUGACCAGAACGCGUUCAUUAUGAACCCAAAUCUCAAGGUGGAAGACUACGUCAUGAGCGCCAGCAAACUUGAAGCCAACAUGCUGAAGGACCUUCCAGUGGUUCCACCGGAUAGCAUCAUUAAGACAUUCUCGCAUAUCAAGGGAAGUGAUAUUGAGUUUGUCAUGUCACAAGACAAAGAAGGUCUUGCUUCGGGAAGUUUUGUGAUAAAAAACGGCGAAUGGGCAAAGUUCUUCCUCGAUACCUGGUUUGAUCCGUUAUAUCGAAGCUACAACUUCCAGAAAGCGGAGACUCAUGCUUUGGAGCAUAUUGUUCAAUGGCAUCCGACGAUUUUGUCAAAGUUGGCGAUCAUUCCUCAACACAUCAUUAAUGCCUACAAUAGCAAUGACCAUGGCGCGCAAUACAAAGACGGUGAUAUUGCCGUUGUAUUUGCCCACUGCUCAGAUACGGGAGACAAGAGUUGUGCCAAGGAGGCCGAGCGGUUUUCGCAACAAUGGCGAACGUCCUUCUCUAGGUCAUGAGGAAAUACAUACACUCAAUAAUGUGUAAUGACAAGGGCUGUUUCGACGCAAACACUGAACUCCCAAUGCCGCGAUGGCGACGAAACUGGGAGCUGCCGCAUUAAUGGUUUUAUGGGCGUUCAAGGAGCACGCGGAUGCUUUAGAAUCGGUUGUUCUAUGGUCCUCUAUCAACACUAGAAGGACUCGGCAUUUACAUGGGUGUUUUGAUGGUUUGGAGACUACCGCGUUAUUUGUGCGCUUCGACGAUGCUGGAUGUAUUAUUUCUCUCAAACUGGGACUGAUGAAUGGGAUCCU